AAGAUUUCGCGCGAAAAGUCAGUGGUCAGAAAAGAAAACACUUGCGUGGAAGCAGCGGAGACAAGCCAGCGAUACACUAUGGCGGAUUCAUCUGAGUCAUAUCACAUGGCGACUAGCCCCAGCCAUGGUUCCAGACGGGGAGACCUGACCUCCAGCCCGGGGAGAGACCUGCCCCCCUUCGAGGACGAGUCAGAGGGACUCCUGGGUGAUGGUCCUCUGCCAGGGGUGGAGGAGGAGGGAGAUGAUGGGGAGGAACUGAUAGGAGAUGCGAUGGAGAGGGACUACCGAGCCAUCCCUGAGCUAGACAGGUAUGAGGAGGAGGGUCUGGAUCUUGAUGAGGAGCUGUCGGAGCUGUCUCCUGGAGCCAGGGCUGCAGCUGAGGACGCCAUGAGGAGAAGAGACAGGGAGCAGGGAGGCAGGCUGAGGAGAGGUCUACUUUAUGACAGUGAGGAUGAGGAUGAGCGCCCGGCCCGGAGGCGUCGCCUGGCUGAGCGGGCUGCAGAUGGGUCCGGGGUGGAGGGAGAGGAUGAUGAGAUGAUUGAGAGUAUUGAGAACCUGGAGGACAUGAAGGGUCACUCAGUCAGGGAGUGGGUGGUCAUGGCCGCUCCUCGUCUGGAGAUAUACCACCGUUUUAAGAACUUCCUGCGCACCCACGUGGAUGAGAACGGCCACAACGUGUUCAAGGAGAAAAUCACCGACAUGUGUAAAGAGAACAAGGAGAGUCUGGUGGUGAACUACGAGGACCUAGCAGCCAGGGAGCAUGUCCUGGCCUACUUCCUGCCCGAGGCCCCUACUGAGAUGCUGAAGAUAUUUGACGAGGCAGCCAAGGAAGUAGUCCUGGCCAUGUACCCCAAAUACGACCGCAUCGCUCACGAGAUCCACAUCAGGAUCUGCAACCUGCCCCUCGUCGAAGAGCUGCGAUCCCUCAGACAACUCCACCUGAACCAGUUGAUCCGUACCAGUGGAGUGGUGACCUGCUGUACAGGUGUUCUGCCUCAGCUGGGCAUGGUCAAGUACAACUGUAACAAGUGUAACUUCAUCCUGGGGCCCUUCUUCCAGUCCCAGAACCAGGAAGUGAAGCCAGGGUCUUGCCCUGAGUGCCAGUCCUUCGGACCUUUUGACAUCAAUAUGGAGUUGACUGUGUACCAGAACUACCAGCGAAUCACCAUUCAGGAGAGCCCCGGGAAGAUGGCCGCUGGCCGCCUCCCACGCUCCAAAGAUGCCAUCCUGUUGGCUGACCUGGUGGACCAAUGCAAACCUGGAGAUGAAAUAGAACUGACGGGCAUCUACAACAACAACUAUGACGGCUCUCUGAACAUGGCCAACGGCUUCCCCGUGUUCGCUACGGUCAUCAUGGCCAAUCAUAUCGCCCGGAGAGACAACAAAGUGGCCGUGGCCGAGCUCACUGACGAGGACGUCAAGGCCAUCGUGGCGCUGUCUAAGGACGAGCGCAUCGGCGAGAGGAUCUUUGCCAGUAUCGGCCCCUCCAUUUACGGCCACGAGGACAUCAAGAGAGGCCUGGCUCUGGCUCUGUUUGGUGGAGAGCCCAAGAAUCCAGGUGGGAAACACAAGGUGCGAGGUGACCUUAACGUGCUCCUGUGCGGUGACCCCGGUACGGCCAAGUCCCAGUUCUUGAAGUACGUGGAGAAGGUGGCCAGCAGAGCGGUGUUCACCACCGGCCAGGGAGCCUCCGCUGUGGGCCUGACCGCCUACGUACAGAGACACCCAGUCACCAGGGAGUGGACACUGGAGGCUGGAGCCCUGGUGUUAGCGGACAGAGGAGUCUGUCUCAUCGACGAGUUUGAUAAGAUGAACGAUGCAGACAGGACCAGUAUCCACGAGGCCAUGGAACAACAGAGCAUCUCUAUCUCCAAGGCCGGCAUCGUCACCUCGCUCCAGGCACGCUGUACCAUCAUCGCUGCCGCCAACCCUAUCGGUGGUCGCUACGACCCGUCUCUGACCUUCUCUGAGAACGUGGAUCUGACCGAGCCUAUCGUGUCUCGUUUUGACGUCCUGUGUGUAGUCAGAGAUACUGUGGACCCGGUGCAGGAUGAGAUGCUGGCUCGUUUCGUGGUUGGCAGCCACAUUAAGCAUCACCCCAGCAACAAGGAAGCUGGGAUGGCUGGCUUGGAGGAGGUGGUUCUGCCCAACACAACAGAUGUACCUCCUAUCCCCCAGGAGCUGCUGAGGAAAUACAUCAUGUACUCCAAGGAAAGAGUCCGGCCCAAACUCAACCAGAUGGACCAGGAUAAGGUGGCUCACAUCUACAGCGACCUGCGCAAAGAGUCCAUGGCGACGGGCAGUAUCCCCAUCACGGUGCGUCACAUCGAGUCUAUGAUCCGCAUGGCGGAGGCCCACGCCAGGAUGCACCUCCGAGACUACGUAGUGGAGGAUGACGUCAACAUGGCCAUCCGAGUCAUGCUGGAGAGCUUCAUCGACACUCAGAAGUUCAGCGUCAUGAGGAGCAUGAGGAAGACGUUUGCCCGUUACCUGGCAUUCAGACGAGACAACAAUGAGUUGCUGCUGUUCAUCCUGAAGCAGCUGGUGUCAGAGCAGGUGGCGUAUCAGAGGAACCGGUACGGAGCACAGCAGGACACCAUCGAGAUCCCAGAGAAAGACCUGGUGGACAAGGCCAGACAGAUCAGCAUCCAGAACCUGUCAGCAUUCUAUGACAGCGAUGCCUUCCGAUCUAACAAGUUCUCUCACGACAUGAAGAAGAAGUUGAUUCUGCAACAGUUUUAAAUCUGUUUCCUGGGUAAAAAAAGACGAGCCUCUGUCUGUGUUCUAAAUUCACCCUUUCCCUAUGUAGUUCACUACUUUUGAAUAGGGCCCAUAGGGGUGUGAUUUUUUUUGGGGGGGGACACAGCCUGUCUGGAUGUGUAAAUAGUUGUGAAUGUUUGUCAUCCUGUUGUUGGCUAAAAGAAGAGUCCUAAUAGGAUCUAAAUGGCCUGAUUUUAAUGCUAUCGAUGUUACAAUUUGUAUCUGUUAAUGUAUAAGUGUUGUGGACGUAGCCUAUACCUGCAUUCCAAAGAACUUUCUACUUUUACAUCUUGGAACACAGCUUGUGUGUUUUUGUAACAGGCUUUUUGACAUUUAACUGUAUUAAUGUUUCGAAAGUUAUUUAAAAACAUAUAUUUUUUUGAUAAUCUGAUUUCAUGUUAGACUAUCUUCUCGACGCUGAAAUAUGAUGUAAUAUUAUUUCCUUCUGGACCAAUGACUUUCUGAUCACCUUCACGAUUUCCUGUUUUGGUCUGUGACUAGAAUUCUGGGAUCAUGUUUUGAUAAUAAAUUACAUUUGUAGAA